AUGGCGGUACCAAUGAGUCGAGUGCUCUUGAUUUCUCUUGUUUUCGCAGUGAUCACAGCCGCGCUAGUCCAUGCCAAAGGCCAUGGACAUCAUCAUCGUCAUCAUAAUCAAUCAUUGCAGGUUGGCCCCGUGACAUAUGAUGGCAGGUCACUGAUUAUCAAUGGGAAACGCGAGCUUCUGUUUUCGGGUUCAAUCCACUACACGCGAAGCACGCCAGAAAUGUGGCCUGAUACUCGAGAGGCCAAGCGCGGAGGCUUGAAUGUAAUUCAAACUUAUGUGUUUUGGAACAUUCAUGAGCCUGUGCAAGCGCAGUACAACUUUGAAGGAAACUAUGAUUUGGUGAAGUUCAUCAAGCUGGUUCAGAAGCAUGGAAUGUAUGCUACCAUUAGGCUUGGUCCAUUCAUCCAGGCUGAAUGGAACCACGGAGGACUUCCUUAUUGGCUAAGGGAGGUCCCCGGAAUCAUAUUCCGUUCUGAUAACACAGCAUACAAGCACCACAUGAAGAAUUAUGUGGAUAUGAUUGUGAAAAAGUUGAGAGAUGCGAAGCUGUUUGCUCCACAGGGAGGUCCGAUUGUCUUGGCACAGAUUGAAAAUGAGUACAAUAUGGUCCAGCUUGCAUAUAGAGAGUUGGGAAACAAUUACGUGAAGUGGGCAGCAGAGAUUGCAGGUGAAUCAGAACAUGGAGUGCCAUGGAUCAUGUGCAAGCAGAAGGAUGCUCCUGAUCCAGUUAUUAAUACUUGCAAUGGAAGGCACUGCGGAGAUACAUUCACAGGCCCUAAUAAACCCAACAAGCCAUCUCUAUGGACUGAGAAUUGGACUGCUCAAUACAGAGUAUUUGGUGACCCUCCUUCACAAAGAUCAGCAGAGGAUAUUGCAUUUUCCGUUGCUCGCUUUUUCUCAAAGAACGGAACUCUAACCAACUACUAUAUGUACCAUGGUGGCACAAAUUUUGGAAGAACAAGUUCUAUUUUCACAACCACCCGUUACUAUGAUGAAGCUCCUCUUGAUGAAUAUGGUUUGCCAAGGGACCCCAAGUGGAGCCACCUCAAGGACUUGCACAAGGCUUUGAAGUUAUCCAGGAAGGCUUUGCUCUGGGGAGUUCCGGGAGUUCAAAAGAUAAGCAAAGACAUAGAGGUUCAUUUCUAUGAGACAGCCACAACCAACAUCUGUGCUGCCUUCCUGACAAACAACAACUUCCAAACUGAAGCAACUGUUAAUUGGAGGGGCGUGGAUUAUCACCUGCCACCCCGUUCCAUUAGCAUCCUCCCCGACUGCAAGACCGUGGUCUUCAACACUCAGAGAGUUGUCUCGCAACUGAACUCUAGGAACUUCGUUCGAUCAAAAGUUGCCAAUAAUCUCAAAUGGACCAAGUAUGUAGAACCAGUUCCUAGCACCCUUCAAGUUCCAGUCAAUAACCCGACCCCGCUGGAGUUGUACAGCUUGUUAAAAGAUACCACAGACUACGCAUGGUACACCACUAAGCUGGCACUGAGUCCACAAGACUUGCCCAUGAAGGAAAGUAUUCGACCAGUUCUUCGAAUCGCAAGUCUUGGUCACGCAUUGCACGCAUUCGUCGAUGGGGAAUACAUUGGUUUCGCACACGGGAGCCACGAUGAGAAGAGCUUUGUUUUCGAGAAACCAGUUCCCUUGAAGGCUGGAAUCAACCAGAUUUCUCUGCUUGCAAUGACAAUAGGACUUCCAGAUAGCGGAGCCUACAUGGAGCACAGGUAUGCAGGGCCUAAUCUCGUAGCAGUACUAGGACUGAACACCGGAACAUUGGAUCUCACACGAAACGGAUGGGGGCAUCAGCUUGGUCUGAGUGGAGAAAAGCUUCAAGUGUUCACUGAGGAGGGAUCGAAACAAGUUCAAUGGCAUAAAAAAGGAGCACCAGAGGGUCUCACAUGGUACAAGACUUAUUUUGAUGCUCCAGAAGGCCAUGACCCUAUUGCUAUACGAAUGGCUGGAAUGGGAAAGGGAAUGAUUUGGGUGAAUGGUAAAAGCAUCGGCCGCCACUGGACGUCCUUCCUCUCUCCUCUAGGAGAACCAACUCAAGCCGAGUACCACAUCCCAAGGUCCUUCAUUAAACCUAAACAAAAUCUCCUUGUUGUGUUGGAGGAGCAGCCAGCCAAGCCCAAACCCAUCGAGAUCCUAACCGUCAACAGAGAUACUGUCUGUAGCUUCAUUACUGAAUAUCAUCCUCCGAAUGUGAAUUCAUGGGAAAGGAACAGCGUUUUCCAACCUGUGUUCGAUGUUGUCAAAUCAUCUGCAAACAUCAAGUGUCCAAAGAACAAGAAGGUUGUUGCUGUUGAGUUUGCAAGCUUCGGAGAUCCAGCUGGCACCUGUGGCAACUUUGUCUUGGGAAAAUGCAACUCCCCUGUAUCUAAGGAGGUUGUUGAACGACAUUGCUUGGGAAAAACUAUCUGCUCAGUCCCGAUUGAUCGCAAUCUUUUCGCCAGCAAAACCGAUGGUUGCCCUGAUAUCAAGAAGACACUUGCUAUCCAAGUCAAGUGUGCUAUAUAA